UGUAUAUUCCUAGUGCGAAGAACCAGAAACAAAAUAUUUUUCUCUUUAGUAAGACAUGAAGAAUGCUUUGGGCUGUUCCUCACCGAAAAGAGGUACCAGCAAAUCAAUUACGAAUCUUUAAGAGGUCUGACUCGAUAUUUGGUCACUUACAGGGGAAACAAAUUUGAGCAAAAAGAAGCUUCUUUGAGACAUGUCUAUGUGGAUAUGUCUCAUUCUGGGUUAUAAUCUGUGAAAGACAAUUUUAGUAAGUCGUUGCAACUGUGGAGUUGUUGACUUGUUUUAAGGUCAGUAACACUAAUAUCAGAAACAUGGCCCACGAUGUGUGGUUGGUAACAGGAGUUAUUGUGGCUUUUAUCUUCCUGUGUGUUUUAUCAGGCGUGGUAACAUUUCCUCUCAAGAAUAAUCUUUACGACUUUCGGCCUAAAGUAAAGCAUGAAUCCAACUUAACACGCGAGGAAUCAAAGGCGGUCCUUACGCAUAGGCAAUUGCAGAACAAGUGGUUGACUGGUGCCCAUGUAACACUUCAGACUGAGAUAGGCAAUAAGGGAAGAACUGGGAAGACAAGAAUGAUUAGAUCCCGUAUGCAGAUACUGGAUAAGUAUUAUGUCAAUCCUGAUAAAAUGAAGAGAAUAGUUACCAAAGAAAGCUCCUCAGGGGACGUCAAUGAACAGUCAGCUUUAUUAUUAGAAGACCCAGACCUAACUACCCAUAGAAAUAAGUUUGAAGAUAGUGACCUCAGAACGUUGCUGAUUAACGCAAAAGUAUACGACGCAAAUUCGGUCGAGGGCUCUGCGAUUGUGAACAUUGCGUCACUCCUCGAGAAGUCAGGAGAAUCUCAGGCUGUAAAGAAGAACAAUAUUGGUAGAAUACCUGCACAUGCAGCCUCUCGAUAUCAUGCCCUUAGGCAAGAAAGCAACGUAAACCCAAGCUGGAAGUCCAUGACACCUUCUCGCUUUAGAUAUUUGAACUCACUUAUUAAACCACAAUUAGGAGGAAUAUCUGAUGAUUUGAAUGAUUUAGAGGCUCUACGUAAUCAUGCAAAGGAUGUUGAAGUGAGAGCGUUGAGUAAUGGUUUGAAAUCUUCCAAACGAAAGCUUGACGGUCAAUUAUGGGACGAAAGGUCUACAACAGCACAAAACGCUAUAAAACGUGCAAAGAAUACGAUGAAAGAACAAAAUGAUGGGGGUACAUCCAGUACAGAAAUGGAGACUGCUGCAAGAAAUCGCCCUGGUGACCUGUUUUUAUUAGGGAAUCCGGAUGAUAAAAGCUAUUUUCAAAGUGCGUUUAUGGAAAAUCCUACAGCGAUCCAUCUUAUAACAGCUGGUUCAGCACAAGAUGAAUAUUUCCACAGCAAUGGUUCGAUUGUAGGACUGACGACUCCCCGGAAAACGAAUGGAGCAACCGUGCCUUUAAGAGAAGAGGAGAUGCUUGGAAAGUUUGAAGGAGAGAGUGAGACAACUGAGUCUGCAUUGUUACCCUCAGGAGAUGAUUCUAAUUCAGGCGAGAACAAUAAUGAUCCAAAUGUGAAGGUAAAUACAGCUUUGGCACUCGCCACCCAAACUGACCAGAGAAUAAAGAACAUGACGUCUCAUGUCGUACCCCAACCUGAUGGAGAAAAACUUAUGUCUCACAUUGAAGGUGAAAGCGAUGACAUGCAUAAUGGAACCAAAACAGAUCGCUACGACUUUUCCGUAAUUGGAAAUGGGAGCAUAGAAGACAAAAAAGUGAAUCCUUUGCACCAUUUCGCACCCACAAAGAAGAGGGACUUUCCAAAACCAACCACUUUGAUCAGCUUUAGAAGGACAACUACUCCACUUCCAAAAUUCGGUCUGGCUCAUGACAGGCCUCAUGGCAGCGGAGGAGAGUCAACAGGCAGUGGUGAUUAUUAUGUGUCAGCAAAUGAACACCAUCAGAACCAAACUUAUCCACACAGGGUAACCAAAGUUUCCCCAUCGAGAAAGACAAAGAAACAAACAGGCAUUUUUGGAGCUGAAGACGAGGCAACAAUAACAAAAUGCGAAAAAAUGGGGAAAACAGAUUACAGAAAGAAGUGUCCUCAUGGAUGGCUUGCAUUCGACGAAUUCUGCUAUUUGUUUGCAUCACAAUCAAAUGGAAGAUGGGAAGAGUUCCCGCAAAAGUGCAAUAAAGAAAAUGGUCUUCUUGCGAUGCCGAAAACAGACAAAGAAGUACAAUAUUUACAAAAUAUAAUAUCUUCGUUGAAACAUCGCACGAAAAUUUUCUAUAUUGGACUGCGAAAGAAGGGAGGAAUCUGGACAUGGGUUGACGAUGUACCCUACACACGUGACGUUGAAGUGAAAGAUGAGCUGGAGAACAAAAAUUGCGCAGUUUUAUCUGAAGGUUCUAUUAACAUGGUUUCGUGCAGGGAGCCGAAGACUGGAUUCAUCUGCGAAAUAAGGACAGGAGUACUAGUAUUGCCUAUUCUGGCGUUUGGCGACAGUCUCACAAACGGUUUCCAUGCUGAUGAUUUAAGUCACACGCCAUACGGCAACACUCUGGAGUUUCUGCUGAACAAAGACCAACACAGAUGUUAUACCGUGACUACAGUAGCUAAAGACGGUACUGAAGCAGCUGAAAUGUCUAAACGGCUUCAAGAUCACCUAAAAAGCGCUAAAUCCAAAUAUUCCUGGAUCAUAAUACUAGCCGGCACAAAAGACAUCGCUCACAACAGUCACAAUCGGAACAGAAGGGCCUGGGACAAAGCGGCGGAACACAUCAUUAACCUUCACAUUACAUCUCAUCGCUAUGGCGCGAAAAGUGUGGCGGUGACAAUACCUGAGAUGGACUGCGAGGAAUCCAAGAGACCGCCUUGUCUGCACACGCAUCUGGAAAGGAAAUACAUCAAUGAAAAAUUAAGAUAUUAUGCAAGAUCCAACGAAUUUACCAUCCUCUGUGACCUGGCAGAGAAAUUUCCACGAUACUCGUUAAGUAGCGAGGAACGAAAACAAAUGUGGGAGGUGGGAUUGCACAUGAAGUCUGCAGGGUAUGAACGCAUGGCGGAGAUCAUUUAUAAAGACCUGUUAGCUCAUGUUUGAUAUUAGCAUAGAGUCACCUUGUAGCUUGUCGUUGAAAAGAAAGCUAAAAGGCUAAGGGUUCUGUUUUAAGAUUUCCCGAAAAAACCUGUUUUGUUUUUACACCGACAUUCUUUAACACAUAGCCAUUAUUAAGUAGUGACAUGUACAACGAUGCUUGCAAUUUUUGCGUAUAAAGUCAAUUCAGAGAGCGCUACUGGUUCUCGUGUGCAGGGAGUAUCCAGUGAGGCUUUGGAUUAUCGUGAAAGUCACUAAAUAACGCAUAGGUAUCUCUGGUGAUAAUUUCACAUUCUGAAUGUAAUACUCUUAAUACAGCAAGGUUUAGACCGAAAUAAAAAAGGAACUGAGACGAUAAGUACAUCGUUCUAAAAGAGACCCGCAAUUGUGUCCAAUUAUCAAAACGGUUUGUUUUAAACGCGCAAAGGUAUUUAUAAGUUAGCCAUGUUCAAUCAUUAUAAUCGAAUGUACUAACUCUAUGAAAAAUUCAGUUUUCAAUUAAAGCUUUGACUUUUGA